AUGCUGUGUGAACAUAAAAAUAUCAGAACGUAUGGGAAGCGCAAGAAGCCAUCAGGCCUGCGCGUGGCUGUCCCUGACUUUGUUUACUUCCUGAGGACCCAGACCGAGACCCAGACCCAGACUCAGGUGAUGGAGGCUGUAAUGGCGCUGCGGUAUUUACUUCCAUUCCUCCUCCUCUCGGCCGUCUCUGCUGAGGUCGAGUAUGAUGACAGGAGGUGCAUUUGCUUCUGCCCUAACCCGUCAGUGGUGAAUGGCACAGCAGGCAAUGGGACAACAAGCAAUCGCCUGGUGUACCGAGAGCCUGUGCCACCAAGUAGCUGUAACUGUGACAGCAUGGUGCUGCCAAGGGUGGCCGACAUGAUCCGAGGCCAUGAGCAGGAGUUUUGUCCCCGGUGUGAGUGCAAGUAUGAGAGUCGCAACAGCACCACCAUCAAGGUGGUGGUGAUCCUGGUGAUCUGGGUCAUAUCCCUGCUGGUGGUGUACAUGAGUUUCCUGCUGUGCCUGGACCCGCUGCUCAACAAGAGGCGGGCACAACCGUCCUACCAGGAGCACACCAAUGAGUACGAGGACAGCUCAUCCGUGGGCAGCGCUCCUGGCAUGUCCCAGCGCAUGCAUGUACGGGCCAACGUGCUGGGACGGGUGGGCCACCAGCAGGACAAGUGGAAGCGUCAGGUGCAGGAGCAGAGGUACAACAUUUACGACAAACACACCAUGCUCAACUGAGUGUGUGGUGGUGUGUGUUUCAGGUCCGGUCUGCAUGAAGCGUUGUGUUGUGCAAUGCUGAGUUUCCUUCCUUCACUCUCUGCUGUCGUUUUCUUUCCGUUCAAUAAUGUUGCCGCAAAAGACAAGGGGAACUCGAGCUGCACAUGAAUGAAUGCCAUCCUGUAAAGUUAGUCAGUGAGUGUUUGGUGAUAUUUAAUCCGUGUAGGUGUUUGUUUGGUAAGAUUUGGUAGAAUGUAGUGGGUAAUGUAUAGUUCUUGGACUUAUUUAAUUAGCUAGUAAAAAUGAUAUUGUAGAGGAUUAUAUGAAAUGGUUUAUAUCAAAGUCUAUUAACUUGUAUAUAAGGAGUGAUGGUCCUGAGGUUUUUGGGAAGCUAUUGAAUGAAGAAUGUGUGAUGUGUCUGUCAAAAAGUAUCAAAUUCUAUGACCUUUUAUCAGUUUCAUGCAAUAUAUAUUUUCUUGUAAAUAAUUUAACUUCCAAGAAUUCUUUUAUUUAGAUACAAGAUAUUUAUCGGUUGGGAAUGAGUGUGACUGUGUAAUCUUGCCACUUAACAGAUGUAUACUAAUUUCCAAUGUAUUUUAUGGGUUUUAAGAGUAAUAAGUUGUAAGAAGAGCACCGUUCACUACUUAUUUUGUUAUGACAGUAUUGUAUAGAGUAUUCCUGACUAAGUUAUAUAUAUUCAUCCUUAACUAGGUGUGUGUGUGUGUGUGUGAGUGUGUGUGUGUGUUGUCAAUGCCUGCCUCUCAUAGUCACCAUUAUUUACAUUAUAUAUUUAUCUUCAGUCAGACAGGAAUAAAGUAAUAGCAAUCAUCUGCAGGUAUCAAUACUCGUGUACCAAUUAAAGGAAUGUAUGUGUGACGCACCUUCCGGUCAGUUAUAGUGGCCACUUCCUAUGGACCUAAAGGGGAAGGGGGUCAUGAUCUUUACUUCUGUUUGCUCUUACUCCUAUACACAAUGUUCAAUGUCUUGUUCUGGCCUUUUGUCUCACUUUUCUCUCUCAUCUUGUCUUCUUUUUUUAGUAUUUUGUCUUCCUCUCUUUUCUUAUAUGUUUCUCUUUUCUUUGUAUUUUUGGUGUGUUUCUUGUUUUGUCUCAAGGGCAUAUCUAGGAUUCUAGGCGAUCCGGGGCUUAGCCCCUAGAGUGCAGACGCUGAUUUUUUUCUUUCUUUUUUUGCUGCCACGCACACCGAAACAACAAUUUUUUUUACUUUAACUUACCACCAAUUCAAAGCAGACAAAAGACAAGAAGAUUUCAGAAUUCAGUGUAAUGUGCAGACCAUAUUACACUCAGGCUACUCUUUUCCUCAGAUCCCAGAUCAGAUCCAGGGCUCUUGGGUAAACAUUCGGGGCUUGAGCCCAAGUAGCUGCCCCACAGAUCCACCCAUGUUUCUCUCUCUCUCUCUCUCUCUCUCUUUUUUUUUUUUUUUUUUUUUUUGUGUGUGUGUGUGUGUGUGUGUGUAUUUUUUGUUUUAUCUUCCUCUUGUCUUGUGUCCUCUUUUAUUAUUAUUUGUCUCCCUUUCCUUUCUUGUCUAUUUCUCCCUUUUUUUUUUUUUUGGUGUAUUUCUUGUUUUCUGUCUUUUUUGUCUUUUGUCUUCCUCUUUCAUCUUGUUUCCACUCUUUUGUAUUUUUGUCUCAUCUUCCUCUCAUGUCAUAUCUCUGCUCUUCUUUUCACUUGUCCUUUUCUCUCAUUUUCUCUCUUCUUUUGUCUCUUAUCUUGUUAAAUCCUUCCUCUCUCAUCCUUCAUCAUGCCUCGUCUCCCCAACCUUUCCUUUUCAUUAAGUAUUUUAGCGACCAAAUUUCGCAAAGGACUUUCCCUUUCAUAUCCUCAGCUGCUGCCUUGAUCACUAAUCCUUGCCCUGGUGCCCCUUGUGUUCCUUUGCACCACCAAGCCACAUAAAAGAGCACUUCAUUAUCUAUACUGCCUCCCUUUAUCCUAAUUUUUUGUAUGUAUUUUUCACUAAUCACUGUGCUGACAUCAGGCACACUAUCUGGUAACUUAUUCUACUGUUUGUAUCGCACGUACUUGAAUUUUAUAUUGAUAUUGGGGAGAAUGCAAUGUCUAAACCUGCUUAUUCCACUCUUAUGGUAUAAAUAAAGCAUGAAUUAUCA